AUGUCAUUGAUAAAACAGGUUCAUGAGAUUCAGCUAGAGGAUGAGGAUGAUAUAAGGAAAUCAAGAUUUGAAAGGAUUUAUGUAUGUUUGGGGGCGUCUAAGAAAGGCUUCAUUGCAGGAUGCAGGCCAUAUAUUGAAGUGGAUGCUUGCCAUUUGAGAGGUCCUUACAAAGGCCAGUUGCUUCAAUCUGUGGCCAUUGAUGGUAACAAUAACACUUUUCUAGUGGCUUUUGCUGUAGUGGAAGGGGUAACAAAAUCCUCACGGAAGUGGUUUCUGAAGAUACUACAAGAAGAUCUAAGGAUAGGCAACGACAAAUGGUUUACAGUCAUGUCCGAUAAACAAAAGGGACUGAUUCCAGCGGUUGCAGAGGUGCUUCCAUAUGUUGAGAACAUAUUAUGUAUUAGGCAUUUCUACAACUUCAAAGACAACUUCAGGGGCAUCCAUUUAAAAGAAAUUUUGUUUUGUACAGUCAAAACCACAUAUGUGCAAAGGUUUCAAUAUCAUAUGGAAGAUAUAAAGAAGACAGAUGAAGAUGCUUUCACAUGGUUGGCAGACAAACCACCUUGCUUCUGGAGCAAGUCUCAUUUCACAACAUACAACAACUAUGAUGAGUUGGACAAUAACAUAUGUGAGAGCUUCAACAGUUUGAUUCUAGAUGCAAGAGGUAAGACUAUUUUGCCACUACUUGAGGAUAUUAGAUGCAUUUUGAUGAAGAUUAUGCAAAUAAGGAGAGAGGAAAUUAGGGCAUAUGAGGGUCCUAUAUGUCCUAACAUCCAAAAAAGAUUAGAGAAGAGAAAAUUGGAUGCAUGUAAUUGUAUUGCAAUUUGGGCAGGGGAACAAAAAUACCAGAUCAAUUACUUUAAUGGACAACAAUUUGUGGUUGAUUUAGAAGAUAGCACCAAUUCAUGCAGAAAAUGGGAGUUAACUGGUAUCCCAUGUUGUUAUGCAAUAGCAACCAUUUAUGAUCAACAUGAGAACCCUAAAAAAUAUGUGGCACACUGGUUCAGGAAAGAGACUUAUAUGGCCUCUUAUGAGCCACUAAUCUAUUUCAUCAAUGGAUCUGAAAUUUGGCCUAAGUCAGUGUUAGAUGCAUCACUGCCACCUAAAGUCAAAAAACAACCAGGGAGGCCAAAGAAAUUGAGGAGGAGAGAGGCAAAUGAACUCCAAAACCCUUACAAGUUGAAGAGAAAACACACUACAACCACAUAUGCCGUAUGUGGUCAGCUUGGACACUAUAAAAGAAGUUGCAAAGGUCAACCAGUUGAAGGCAAUGCUAUAAAGGUAAGGAAUAAUAAUAGUUCAAGCCAAGUUGAAAUACCUCCAAUGGGUACUGAGCAAAACAUGGCAAGGAGGAGUAAGGCAAAGGUUGCUGCUGCAGGAGGUAGUGGCUGUAACGCCCCAAAUUUCUAG